UGCCGCACGAAAUGCACCUGCCAUGAAAAUCAACACAUACACACACAACAAUUCUAGUUAUUUACAGUAAUAGAAUUUGAUGUCAUAGAUUUUACUGUACAUAUUUUAAAUAAGGUAUUCUAGACAUGAGGGUAAGCAUAGUGUAUUCUCCCUGAAGGCACCAUCCUCUCCUCUGACCCACUUCCCCCUGAUGUCCAGUCCCAUUAUCCAAUCAUCUGUUGAGCUCCGAUGAGGGAUGCUUUUGUGCAGCAAUUUUGUAAUAAAUGUUUUGAGAAAUGUGUAGAAAAAGAACCAUGCUUUUGGAUUUUGUUUGCUUUUGCAUAACAGACUACAGUAUGUAAAGUACACAAUUUGCUUGUAUAAAUGAUGUUAUUUUUUUCAAUGCUGUGAGUGAACACCAUGUGAAGAAGGAUGAAAAUUAUUCAAGCUUUUGUGCUAAUGAAACCAAUUGGACGAGCUCACAAAUGAUCACCGUGAUCCUCUAGGUCUUUAGCCUUGUGAAGGUACAUGGUUCUCAUCUGACAGCUGUGAUAUGUGUAAGCACGUAAGCUUACAUUGUGAGUAUGAAAGAAAAGCAGUCACUACAUCACUGGUUGUUGCUUGUUUUUUCUGUUCAUUGAUUCUCGAUAUUUUCCGUAUUUCAUUCCAUCUCUCUUUUAGUUGCAGUUCAAACACACACACACACACACACACACACCAGUUAUUUCCACUAACUUUUCCAUAUCGUGUGUAUAGGCCACACAGUGAGAAAGGGCCGAGACCGCCUCAUGUGUCGGGCCUCUUGUGUGUUCUGGUCCCCACCGACCCCCAUCCUCCCAGCAUCAGUGGGAUGUCCCAGGUGUAUCUCCUCUUGGCCUUGCUUAUGCUCUGCAGCUGCACAAAGGUCUCCUCUACUAACUCCCUGGAGCUUGUGAAGGAGCAGUGGAGCAGCUACAAAAACCAGUGCCUGGACUACCUCAACACCACGCCCCCUGCCACAGGGCUGGUGUGUAACAGGACCUUUGAUCUGUACGCCUGCUGGCCUGAUGGACUCCCAGGAACCACGGUCAAUGUCUCCUGCCCAUGGUUCCUGCCAUGGUACCGUAAAGUUCAGCAGGGUCUGGUCUACAGAGUCUGCAAUGAAGAUGGUCAGUGGGCGCAAAAGAAUACCAGUGAAUGUGAGGACGACCCUGGUGAGCAGCAGUAUGGCCGCAUUCUCAGUCAGUUACGGAUCAUGUACACCGUGGGAUACUCGCUCUCCCUCGGCGCUCUGCUGCUGGCGCUGGGAAUCCUCAUCGCCUUCAGGAAGCUCCACUGUAUGAGGAACAACAUCCACAUGAACCUGUUUGCCUCCUUCAUCCUGAGAGCCGUGUCCAUCCUGGUUAAAGACGCCCUGCUGACCCUCACGCUGGACCCCAGGAGCAGCAGUGACACCACAACACAAGCCUGGGUCAACAUACCGGCUGUUACAUGGUGUCGUGGUGCCAUGGUGAUGAUGCAGUACAGCGUGAUGGCCAACAACUAUUGGCUGUUGGUGGAGGGCAUCUACCUGCACAGCCUGCUAGUAAUCACCGUGUUCAGCGAGAGGAAGUACUACUACAUUUACUUGGCCAUUGGCUGGGGUGCACCACUAAUAUUUGUGCUACCAUGGAUCACAGUGAAAUAUCUGUAUGAGAACGAGGAGUGCUGGGAGAGGAAUAUUAACAUGGGAUAUUGGUGGAUCAUCCGUUCUCCUAUACUGUUUGCUUAUCUGAUUAACUUCUUCAUAUUCAUCCGAAUUAUCAAUAUCCUGAUGUCUAAACUCAGAGCUCAUCAGAUGAGAUACACUGACUACAAGUUCAGAUUAGCAAAGUCCACUCUGACUCUCAUCCCCCUGCUUGGGAUUCAUGCCAUCCUCUUCACGUUCGUCAUUGACGAGUCCGUCCCUAAAGGCUCUAUGCUGCGCCUCAUUCGCCUCUUCUGUGACCUACUGCUCAACUCUUUCCAGGGCCUGCUGGUUGCCAUCCUGUACUGCUUCGUCAACAAAGAGGUGCAGUCGGAGAUGCUGAAAAAGUGGAAGAGGUGGAAGCUGGGUAAAGACAUUAAUGAGGAAUACCGCCACACCCACAGCCACACGCCGCACAUCAAGAGCGGCAGCAUCGCCACCGGCAAUCUGCCCUAUCUCCAUGACAACAACGCCAGCAACCACAGUGGUGACUCGCUUCGCCUCAACAAAGCUGACAGAGGCCCCUCUUGCUCCGCCGCACCUGAGGAGAACCGCCGACUAGUCGUCUCCUACAGCAAUGGGACGGGGAAAGGCAGGCACUCCAAGAGCAGACACACCCUGCAGUUCUCUUUCCUGCCACACAGAGGCGCCGCCAGUCACGUCAGCACUGCCACAGAGGAUGUGUGUCUGGAGGAGAAGGCGCAGUGUCGCACAUUCCCUCUGGAAGGAGGAGAGACUAAUGUCUGAGGACAACCUGCUCUGAGCCCUCGUCACGAAAACUCUAACUGAUUGUGCUUAUCGUUGUUUCAGAUGAGUGUUUGUCAUGCGCCAACAAUAAAGCCUGAGUGGGAAGAGAAUGAGGAAGUAACCCACACAGAUCAGGAUGUUCAUCGCUGCAUAACAUUACAGGAAAUACAGUUUAAACCUGCCCAGCUGCAAAUGAAUAUUUAUUGGUUUUGGGACCUUGCGCGAAAAAGCCCUAAUUGACUUCAGGAAUGAUUAAAUACAUUAAAAAGAAACUCUAGUAGUGUUCAGUGUGAGUGUGUGUAUAUGUGUGUGUUUGUGUGUGUGUGUGUGUGCAUAUGGAGGACUGCCAUUUCACAGACCCCUCUCACAUCUUUCAUCUGUACUGCUGUUGCUGUCGUGAGUUAUGCUUGUGUUGUGUGUCUGUUUGCAGUAAUGGAUGCAAAUUUGUGGUACUCUCCUACAAAAACCUCUGUGUCAAAGUUUUUUUGGUUCUUUUUUGGUUUUAUGAAACUGAAUGUGGACUUCAGCAUGCAUGUCUCUUGAAGUCUUGUUCAUGGAGAUCAGGAUAAAGGCAGAACUGAGCGAUUCACCAGAGCCUCGCAGAGGAUGGAUGCUUUGAUCUUCAGAAAGACUCUGCUAUAAUGUAUAUUAUAUUAAAGUUAUUCUGGUUUUAAAUGACCAAAGCCAGACAAGAAAAUAAUAAUAUAACCUAUACAUCAAUUGGUUAAUCAAGUCCAUUCUUUCAUGCACAUUCCUUUGCUCCCUUUUUGUCUACUAACUCCAUCAUUCACCUUUUUUAAACAGAUUUUCCUGACUGAAUGUAUAUUGUAUAAACAAUGGAGAAAUAUGGGUGAAACAAUAUUUAAGUUUAUAUAUGUAUUAGAAAUACACACUUUGUCCACUGCACCUGGAUUCAUCCAGUGAUGAGACUUAAUUUAACUUCUUGAUUUGUUUUCAUGCAGACUGACUAAAAAUUCAUACAUGACACACUAGUAAAUCUGUGUAGAGUUUGUUAUUUGAUUUUCCUGUUUCAAAACCAAAAUGUUUUUUUUUUUCGGGUGAUAUUUAACGUUACAUACCACAUUUUGCCACAGCUAACAGCGAUCUCCACACUGCGUUCGAGCUGGGCGUAAACAUAUACCUCAGACUGUAUGUUUCACAUAUAGGCUGUAUGUAAGUACAAGCACAUUAAAAAUGAUCAUGACACAAAUAUAAGACAGACAGCAUGAACAUUUGGACGAUUUAUUGGCAUUUGCAGUGCUUUGAACAGGCAUCGACACAGUUGCCUACAUUGUCAUUCCCUAUAGUCCUCGCUUUAAACUAAUUUGACCCUGAAUCUCUGUGUAAGAAAAUUAUGUAGAAACUAGAUUGAAAAGAAUCUACAUAAAUAUACAUCACAGUAAAUUCUGGAGAUGUUUUUGUGAGGGAUUUUUUACUUCUGCAUCAAAAAAGACGAGUUCUGAGAUCGCCAUCGCAACCACAGCCGCAUGCAGGGGAAUAUCACCAGUUAAUUCAAACUCCAGUUUCUCCGUUAAUGUUUUUUUACACCAGAGCUGGCGUGUUGCCUAUGUUAAGGAUUUGAUUUUUGUGGGUAUAAAUGAUACAAGGUAGAAAAUGCAGCCAGUAUUUCUAGAAUAUAUUGUGAAGCUUAUAUUGUAUGACUACAAUAUAUACACCAUAAUUCACUCACAUUUUAGGUGCAUUCAGGUUAUAUUAUUGUGAAGUGUUUAGCAAUGUGACUGUCUUAUCGUCCUCCUUGAUGUCUCUGUGGCAUACUUAUUCACAUUCGCUUCAUACAUCUAUGGGCAUACCUGGGAAGGCAUCAGCAGAAACCAUACAGUUGUAGUGAUCAGCGGUGCGACUCCAGCCUGGGUUGUUUUAUGUGACCAGACUGCGAAUUAUGUUUUCGUAGUGAAGAGGUCUAAUAAACACCAAAAUUAAUGUUCCAGCAAACUGUUUCUAUUGUAAUGUCUCAAAAGACACCGACAAAUUAAUGUGAUAGAGAAGUGAAGUAAUCGGAAUGGUUAUUUCCUGGUUAGUUGACAAGGGGUCCUCAAAAGCCACGCCUGCGACACAUCUGCUUCACACAUGGGAAUACCACCAGUUAAACUGGAACACCGUAAAUAUCACACAAACAAAACAAAACAGGUUGUUUUUUUUUCAUUUUCCCGUUGUGAUUUUAAAACAGAAACUACGUAGUUUUUUUGUUUUUCGGUUUUGAAACGAAAAAAAUCAAAGAAUGAACCAUAGAACCACAGAUUCUGGUAGUUAACUGGAUGAAAAGCAAUUUGACAAAUGCGAUUUUUGGUGUUUUUCAUAAACUGAAAUACCUCCAGAUCCAGACCGUCCUCCCCAAAAAUACAGCCAUAUAGGUUGUCUGUACUAGCCCAUAUUUACUUUCAGGCGGCAACCUCUAGUGACCAUAGUAAUUAUGAUGGUAGCAAAGGAGGAAGUCAGUUGAGGUAGUAUAGAGAGUGUGUAUCAAACACAAGACUUUCACCCAGGAGACUGUUGUUCGUGUCCCGUGUACUCUCCAACGGUCAUAUAUGUCAUUUUGGGAGUCAUUAGAAAAUGUAUGGAGCCAGGACAGUAACGUUAAAAUUUGGCAUCGAAAAUAAAAUUUGGCAUUGAAAACAAAACUGGAACUGAAAAGGAAACAUUGUCAUUGAAACAUUGUAUUGGAAAAAGACACUGAAAAAGUUUCACUGAAAACUAAAAAACACAGUAAACAGUAAUCCUCUGACAUGACCGCACAUCUACGGCGAUGGCUUUCAUGAGUUCACCUGGAACUCCCAAACCACAAUUAAGUCUGUUUCUCUUUGCCAUUGUUUAUUCACAUAGCGCCUAAAGUUAGCUAGCUGUCACUAUUAGCUAACGUUAGUUCUUGUUCCAGCAGACCUCUUCCAGACCAGCAUAACGUCAGUUAUAAGUUCACUUUAACCAGCUCAGUUCUAUGUGAGAAAACAAUGGCAGAGAGAAACAGACUUACUUGCUGUUUGAGAGUUCCAGGUGAAAUCGUGGAAGCCAUUGCUGUAUGCUAGCAAUGGUGAUGCCAGAGGCUUUGGAGCGAACAAGUGGGCGGCUGGUUCAGGAAGAGUGACGUUCUCUCCUUAGUAUGCAGAUUAUGUGUAAAUCACGCUCUCCUUGCCCCCUCCCCUCGGACCUCUCCCCUCCACGCCAAAACAGUGACAGAAAGUUGAAACUGAAAAUUACUGACCCUGAAAAAUCUGACAGCGUAAAAAAAAAUUGUCACUGAAAAAAGAGUGACAUGAAGAAAAAACAGAACAUUGUCAUUGAAAAACACAUCAGAAUGCACAAAAUAUCAAAAUAAAAUGAAAAGAAUUUUAAUGUCUGUGUUUUAUUUUUCAGUGAAACUUUUUUUAGUGCCAAGACUUGUUUCAGUGCCAAUACAACUUUUAAUACAAAUGCCAAUGUUUCCUUAUUCAGUUCCGGCUUUGUUUUGAGGUAUGAGGACGUGCUGUCCAGAUCACGAUCAUCAUACUGCUUCGGUCUGCUCCAAUCAUUGUCAUACAGUAUCUCUAGAAUGGUGUCAAACAGAACAUAAUAUACAGUCUGUGCAGACUAGAAAAGUCCUUUUUUGUGCCAGAAAGGUUUUUCUUUUUAUAACGUGUGAAUAUUUUUUUGUUGGAAAGAGCACCACAUUAACAAAGGAGGAACCACCUGAUUUUAUUUUUAAAAAUUUUCUUAUGCAGAUCAAAUCAGGGCUCAUAUUUCAUGACGCAAAAUACAAAAUGUGCCACACAGAACCACUUUUAUCACUUUGGAUUAAGAAAAUUAGUAAAUUAAAGCAAGGACUGGUGUUUUUAAACAUUUAGAUUCAGUUCAGAUAUGGACUGGAUUUAAUUGAACUGGAUUUAAUUUUUGGUAUUUUCCAAUUUCCAAUUUCAGUCACAUUGGAGCCAACAAUGACUUUCACAAAGGGUUUCCUAGUGAAUCAAGGACGGUAAACAAAUAUUCAGUUUGAAGUGUAAGAGAGAGAGCCCUGUACACUGUAAAUAUUGAUAAAAAUGAAUAUUAUAAAGACAAAGACGGGUGGGUGGAGGGAUGUGUUGCUAUUCUGUGUUUCUGCUUGCAGUCCAGGUGACUCAAAAAUGAAAAUAAACAUGACUAAUUAUCUUGAGAAAAGACUCUUGUUUCACAAAACAUAAUUGUACCUGUCAUUUUAUUUAAAAUGUUGCAAUUGGGGCGGCAGGAGGGGCCCUAAGUAAACAAUGUCAUGAGAGAAAGCAAAAUGUCUUCAAAAGCCAAAUUGUCGUGUCACAUACUGUACGUCUCUGUGGAUCCAAUUAAACUGAAUUCUGUCAGCAAAAA